UAAAAGGUGUUCAUUUUUCUGGUAGCUAGAAAAUGCCAUUGGAAGAUGUGGUGACACACUGCAAUAUGUCUUGACAAAAUGGACAUAAAAUACUUUAGUGGACACAAGCGGGAGAUCAAUUUCUGUGCCGUGUCACCUGACUGUCAAAUUCUUUUAACGUGUUCUGAUGACUCCAAGAUCUACAUAUGGAAUGUCAAAACAGGUCAGCUAAUAUGCAAAGUCAAAGGACACACAGCUCCAGUGAAAGCCUGCAUGUUUUCCCCAGACUGCAUACUAUUUGCUAGCUGUGAUGAAAACUGUACAGCAAGAGUGUGGAAAACAUCCACAGCUGAGUGUCUCCAUAUCCUUAAAGGUCAUUCAAAAAUUGUGGAGACUGUAUGUUUCAGUCCUGAUUCCAGACAACUCCUCACUGGUGGCUGGGAUUGUACAGCUAUACUCUGGGAUGUGCAGUCUGGUCACCACAUGAAGACAUUUUAUGGACAUGAAAGUGCCAUCCAGUGCAGUGCCUUCGCACCAAAUGGACAAUAUUUGGCCACUGGGUCCUGGGAUUAUACUGUUAAAAUAUGGGAUUUGCUGAAGGAAGGAAAAGAAAAAACAUUGAAUGGCCACAGAGGCAAUAUCAGCUGUGUUUCCUUUUCAAAACUGGGAAUGCUGGUAAGUUUAAAACUGAGUCUUGGCAUCAGGGAAGAUGGCAGAUGUGGCUUUUUCACGUUUGUGAACAUUAAAUGGUUACCAGUGACCUUGUAUAUUUAA